AUGUCCUUUUGCUCCCUGCUGGUGUUGACCUGCCUGGCCUGUGGGAAGACUUUGCAAGAUCCAGCUGUGGAGGAAUUGUGGCGGGACUGGAAGAGUGCCCACACAAAAGAGUACCUGGAGGGGGAAGAGGUUUUCCGCAGAGCAGUAUGGGAGGAAAACCUGCAUCUGAUUGAGAAGCAUAACCAUGAGGCUGACCUGGGGAAACACACCUACUGGCUGGGCAUGAACCACUUUGGUGACCAGACCAACGAAGAGUUUAACCAGAGAAUGAAUGGCUUUCGUCCUGACCUGGCUGAGCAAGAUGUCGGCAACCACACCUGGUUCCGAGAAUCCACCACUCUGAAAAUUCCCAAGCGUGUAGACUGGCGUGACAAAGGUUACGUCACCCCUGUGAAAGACCAGGGCAGCUGUGGGUCUUGCUGGGCAUUCAGUGCCACCGGAGCCCUAGAAGGGAUGCGCGCCCGCAAGACCGGCAAGCUUGUCUCUCUGAGCGAACAGAACCUCGUAGACUGCUCAAGGGAGCAGCACAACCAUGGGUGCAGAGGUGGAGUUGCCUCUCAGGCCUUCCUCUACGUGAAGAAGAAUGGGGGCAUCAACUCCGAGCAGUUGUACCCCUACGAGGGGAAGGACAAAUUGUGCCACUACGACCCCGCAGACGUAGCCGCCACCUGUGGUUCCAUUGAGAGCAUCCCGAAGGGGAACGAAAAGGCCCUGGAGCAAGCCGUGGGCCAAAAGGGUCCCAUUUCGGUGGCCCUGGACUCUCGGAGCAAACAGUUCCAGUUCUACAGGAAAGGAAUCUUCCAGAGCACCUGGGGCGGGGAUGUGUUGAACCAUGCCAUGCUUGCCAUUGGCUACAACGACUCCCAGGAAAAUGGGAAAGGCACAGGUUACUGGAUUCUGAAGAACAGCUGGUCAAAGAACUGGGGUGAAGACGGCUACAUGCGACUGCUGAAGGGCAGCAAUCAGUGCGGCGUGGCAAACAGCGCCAGCUAUCCCACUGUGUAA